GUAAUCCUCAGUUCAGAUCUGACGGAAAUAUAAAUACCCCUCUCUUCUCCGUUUUUUUCUCCAAAAACCCACAGCAGAGAAAAUAGAGAGAGAGAGAGAGAGAGAGAGAGAGAGAGAGAGAGAGACUACGAAAGCUUCUUUAAUGGCGACGAAGGUUUACAUUGUGUACUAUUCUAUGUAUGGACAUGUGGAGAAGCUAGCAGAAGAGAUUAAGAAAGGUGCUGCAUCUGUUGAAGGAGUGGAAGCCAAACUAUGGCAGGUUCCAGAGACGCUUUCGGAUGAAGUGCUUGGGAAGAUGAGUGCGCCUCCAAAGACUGACGUCCCAAUCAUCCAACCAAGCGAGCUCGCUGAGGCCGAUGGCCUUAUCUUUGGGUUCCCCACAAGAUUCGGAAUGAUGGCUGCACAGUUCAAAGCAUUCCUCGAUGCUACUGGGGGCCUGUGGAGAUCGCAGCAGCUUGCAGGGAAGCCAGCUGGGAUAUUCUACAGCACUGGAUCACAGGGCGGUGGGCAAGAAACGACAGCUUUGACGGCCAUAACUCAGCUGGUCCACCACGGGAUGAUCUUCGUGCCGAUCGGAUACACGUUUGGAGCCGGCAUGUUUGAGCUAGAGCAGGUGAAAGGUGGUAGCCCAUAUGGCGCGGGCACCUUCGCCGGCGAUGGCUCAAGACAACCAUCUGAGCUCGAACUGGAGCAAGCUUUCCACCAGGGAAAAUACAUAGCUGGCAUUGCGAAGAAGCUCAAGGGAGCUGCCUGAUUCAUACACAGGUGGGUAGGUGGGCCACCAUACGGAUCUGUUUGGCAUUUCUAUACUUGUACAUUUUGAUUUUUAAGGCAUCCAUGUUUGUCCUGUCUUUAGCAUUUCAAUUUCCUUCACUUCUGGUCAUGAUAGAAUAAUAUGUUGGGCCGUAUCGAAUGUGUUUGUAGCCGAUGAGGACGAGAGUUUGAUAUGUUUCUUCAGUACAAUGGUUUUUAUUAAUGAUAUCAUUUGCUUAAGCUUAUAAUACAAGUAUUUGUUCUA